CCUCGGGGGUCUGUACGAGCCCUCAGGACUCUGAGCCUGCAGGGAUCCCCCUCAAAGCCCCGGUUUUGGCGGAAAACCGGCUCUGCAGGCCGUGGGGGUCCCGCCUCCAUCCGCUUCCAGGCGGGAUUUCUCCAUCCCCCCGCUGGAUUCCGCUCCCUGUGGGGCUGCGGGCCUGAGGGAGAGGCCGAGGCACGGUGCCAGUGUCGAUCCCUCUCGGUGUAUGUGUGGUAACAACAUGUCUGUCCCCCUCCUCGCCGACGCUGUCACCGUGUCAGGGGCAGAGCGGGAGACUGCCGCGGUCAUUUUCCUCCAUGGCCUUGGAGACACGGGGCACAGCUGGGCCGACGCUCUCUCCUCCAUCCGCCUCCCCUACGUCAAGUACAUCUGCCCUCACGCGCCCCGGAUCCCCGUGACCCUCAACAUGAAGAUGGUCAUGCCCUCCUGGUUUGACCUGAUGGGAUUGACUCCAGAUGCACCUGAGGAUGAAGCUGGGAUCAAGAAAGCAGCAGAAAACAUUAAAGCAAUCAUUGAGCACGAGAUGAAGAACGGGAUCCCCCCCAACCGCAUCAUCCUGGGGGGCUUCUCACAGGGUGGUGCCCUGUCGCUGUACACGGCUCUGACCUGCCAGCACCAGCUGGCUGGGAUCGUGGCUCUCAGCUGCUGGCUGCCUCUGCACAAGGCCUUCCCACAGGCGGCGAACAACGGCGUCAACAAGGACAUCGCCAUCCUGCAGUGCCACGGGGAGAUGGACCCCAUGAUCCCCGUGCGCUUCGGGGCCCUCACUGCCGAGAAGCUCAAGUCUGUCGUCACCCCCACCAAGGUGCAGUUCAAAACCUACCCCGGUGUGAUGCACAGUUCCUGUCCUCAGGAGAUGAUGGCCGUGAAGGAAUUCAUCGAGAAGCUGCUGCCCCGGAUCUGAGCGGAGCCCCUCGGGACUGUGGCAGGGGAGGCUGCCGAGGUCACCGCCGCCCGUCUGUCCCCGGGACCCGCCCGCCGCCAUCGGAAGCCACGGCCCCCCCCCCCCCC